UUUUGUCGUCAAGUUUAUUUCAGCAACCGCCGCGAGCGCAUCAUAGAACCUGCGGACCGAGCCGAGCAGCAGUGCCGUGCUGAACAGCAGCAGCAGCAGCAAAAGCGCAAAAUAGAAAACUCUCAAAAAUUGAAAUUGUUGUAAAAAUAAAUUGGACAAAAACGUGUGUCGGCGAAGAAUAACCGAAAAGGAGAUCAAACAAAUUCUAAAAAAUAUAUAUAACAAAAACAACGAUCACAUCAAAUUGCAACACAAUUUUUUUUUGCAGUUAAAUUUUGUGUUUAUUAGUGCGCGACAUCAAUACGGACGACCGAUCGAAACUAAAACCGAUACCGAAAUCGAAACCGAUUCUCCCUUCAGUUGGAGUAAAACAAAUCUCCCGCGAUGGGUAACGCCGGCUACACGUGCAUACGCCGCACCUUUUGCUGGCUGAACAUCAUUCUAUGGCUCUGCAGCUGCGCUUUCCUGGGCGCCGGCCUUUGGCUGCGCCUCAGCUACGAGGGAUAUGCGACACUGCUGCCGCAACAUGCCGCUCUCAGUGCGGAUAUGAUCUUCAUGUCGAUUGGGGGUACUGGGUUCGUGGUGAGCUUCCUUGGCUGCUGCGGCGCCUGGGUACAGUCGCGCUGUUUGCUGGUGCUGUACUUUAUGCUGAUCGUGAUGCUGUUCAUGAGCGAGUUCCUGGUGGGCUCCAUUGCGUUCCUCUUCCGCGGCGGCCUGGGACGGACGCUGGCCAACGAGCUGCGCUUCGGAAUCGAGCGCCACUACAACAGCAGUGACCGCGGCUCCCUGGUGGCCCCGUCGGUGGCCGCCAUUUGGGAUAGUGUGCAGCAGUCGUUUGAGUGCUGCGGUGUAUCCUCGUACGAGGACUGGUACGACAUCCAAUCGUGGACGGGCAAGCGCUGGGUGCCAGAGUCCUGCUGCCGCACUCUGUACGACCAACGCCAACUGAUGACCGAAGGAUCCGGCGAUGGUCUCCUGCGCGUCGACUGCGGCAGAUCAGAGAACCCCUCGCUGUGGUGGGACAAGGGAUGCGCCCAUUCGCUCCAGAGCUGGUUCACCGGCCAGCUGAAUGUGGUGGGUGCCAUUGGACUGGGCAUCGCCUUCGUGCAGCUCUUCGGACUGAUCACCUCGAUGCUGCUCUUCUGCACCGUCAAGCAUAAGCGAGCCUCCGACACAUACAAAUCCUACUCGCCCUCGAUCGACCCCCAGACCCGCACCAGCAGUUGGGAGGAUUGAACCCGUCUGUAGCAGAGGGACAACAUCU